AUGUCUGUUUCAAAGAUUGCUGGUGUCCUGCUUGGCUCAGCCGCUAUGGUUGCUGGUCACGGUUACGUGUCGGGGGCUGUUAUUGAUGGCACGUACCAUGGCGGCUUCAUUGUGAACACGUACAACUACAUGCAGGAGGUGCCUCCGAACAUUGGGUGGUCUGAAAAGGCUACCGAUCUCGGCUUCAUCGAUGGCAGUGGCUACUCUAGUCCCGACAUCAUCUGCCACAAGGAGGCGACCCCAGGUGCGCUUUCCGCCGAGGUCAAAGCCGGUGACAAGGUCGAGCUGCAGUGGACCAUGUGGCCCGAGAGCCACCACGGCCCGGUCAUCAGCUACCUGGCAAACUGCAAUGGCGACUGCUCCAAGGUCGACAAGACUACCCUCAAAUUCUUCAAAAUUGCCGAAGCCGGUCUGAUCGACGACAGCAAUGUACCCGGGAAGUGGGCAUCUGACGAGCUUAUUGCCAACAACAACAGCGUUACUGUGACCAUCCCCAGUUCCAUCGCCGCUGGCAACUAUGUUAUCCGUAACGAAAUUAUUGCCUUGCACUCUGCCGGUGAGCUGAACGGUGCCCAGAACUACCCCCAGUGUCUCAACCUGAAGGUCACCGGUGGUGGCAGCGACGCUCCCGACGGCGUCCUCGGCACAGAGCUCUACAAGGCCACCGACCCAGGUAUUGAGAUCAACAUCUACACUACGUUGGACUCCUACAAGAUCCCUGGCCCCGCUCUGUACAUCGGCGCCACAUCCGAUUCUUCAUCCGGCUCCGCGACCACUGCUACUGCCACUACCACUUCCAAUUCUCCCACCAACAGCGCCACCAUCACCUCCACCGUCAGUGGCCAGUCUGCCCGGAGCUCCAUCCCUGCCUCCAGUGGUGACGAUUCCGAGCCCAGUGCCAGUGCCAGUGACAAUGAUCCCCCUGCACCCACCGUUGCCGCCAGCUCCGAGUCUUCUUCCAGCCCCGGUGAAUAUUCCUCCUACCUCAGCUCCCUCAACGCCGAGAACCUCCUCGAGAAUAUCCGCUCGACCCUGAAGUGGCUUGUCUCUGACAAGAAGGUGCACGCCCGUGCCCUGGCUUACUGA